AUGUUAUAUAAUUUUAUUGUUAGUUCAGAUAGUUAUUUAGAAUUACCUAUAGGUUUGCAUGGAUUUGGUUCUUCGUCAGUGCAAUAUAUUUUAAAUCCCAAAUUUACAAGCAUAGGAAAACAUAUUAAAAAAAUAACUUCUUCCUUAAGAGUUGAGAAAAAUAAAAGAAAAUUUAGAAAAAAUUGCUUAGAUCUGGCUGAUUAUAUAAUUGAGAGAAGCCACGCACCCGCACAUAUUGAUCAACCUAAAUGGGACUUAGCACUAAAGAAUUGGUAUCAAAUUCAAUAUAAAGAUCUAACUAGACAUGGGGAAUGCCCUAUGAUUAUAGAGAAGAAUGAGAGAAAUCUUUUAGAAUUAAGUUAUGAAGUAAAAGAUUUUCAUGAAAAAAAAAAUAGAGAGCUCAAUCGACUAAAAUCCUUCCUUACAGAAAAUAAUACAUAUAGUUGUAAUAAUGAUCCAGCUUGUAUGAAAAUACUUAAAGAAUAUAAUAUCUGGAUUAAUGAUAGGAAAAAAUAUUUUGAGGGAAAAAGAGAGCUCAUUCAAAAAAAUUCCUCAUCUGAACAAAGGAAAUUGAAAUUUUCAAUACCAAUUAAUAACUUGCUGAAUCCUGAAAUAUAUAGUGAACUUUCUGAAACUUUACCUUCAGUUUCAGUUCCAUUUGAAGAAGAAGAUGGAAAAGAGAUAAGAGGAGAAGGAAAAGGAGAAGACAUAUCCUUAGGAGUAAGAGGAAAUGCGUCUGAAAAUCAAAGUACACUACAAGAAGAAGCUUCAACUUCAGGACCAUCAUUACUUGAAACAUCUGAAACUAUAAGUACAGGAAAAUUACCUGGAUCAGCUGUAGAUUCCCCAAUUCCAGAAUCUGAAAAAUCAAAGUUUCCUAAAAAUUCAGAACAACCUACUUCAAUGACUGAAUCUGAUCCUGUAGAACAACGUCCAAUAACUCGUGGAUUAGGAGAAAGUACUGGUCAUAUAACUACUAUACCAUCUGAUGAAGCAUUAAAACCUGAUUCAAGUUCUGUUUUUAUUAUACCCUCUAAAAGACCAGAUACAGAAGGAAAUCAAUAUAACGCCCACAUAUCGUAUAUUUUAACAAGCUUUCUAGUUAUUAUAGUAUUUUCCUUUUUUAUUAAAUAUGUUUUAAUAGGUAUGUUUAAAAAAAAGAAAAAGAUAAAAAGAAGAGAAGUUAAAUUUCUGAGAAUAUUAGUACCUUCCUAUUAUAACAGAAGUAAAUUUUUAAGACAUAAUCAUUUGGAACACCCAAUAAAUGAAGACGAAGAAAUCAUUAAAAAAAUAAAAAUACAAGAACAUAAUAUGAACAAAAAUGAAAAUGUAUUAUACGGAAAAAAGGACAGAUCCAUAACUAUUAUAGAAGUACAUAUGGAAAUACUGGAAGAAUGCAAAAAUAAAGAAUGGGAAUAUAACAAAGGAGAAUUUUUAGCAAUAUGCCAAGAAGUAUUAACAAAAAAAGAAAAUAGAACCUACACUAACUUAAAAGAUGAUGAAGUAGUAAUGGAUAAUAUUAAAAGUACCAAUGAAAUUGAAAAACAAAAAAAAAGAAAAAAAGAUAUAUGGAGACGUUGGGUAUCAAGGAAGGGUACUAUUGUAGAAAAAUAUUUGGAAGAGGACUUGUUUGAAAAAUUGAGAGAGGAAAUAUAUAAUAUGAUAGAUACAUAUGAAAAUGAAGGAAGAAAGGAUGAUAUAUUAUUUAUGAAUAAAGAAGAAUUGGAAAACAAAGAAAAUUAUGAAGUAUUAUAUAAAUACUUUAAAACAAAAUUAUUAGAAAAACUGUGUAUACUAGUAUUUAUGAUGGUAUUAGAGGAAUGUAAAAAUGAGGAGUAUAUAGAAAAUAUGGAAUCACAUUUCGAUAAUUCUAUAAAUGAAUGUAUAACAGGAAAAAACUUAGAUAUUAAACCAGAAAUUGAGGAAAAUUUAACUGAUAUUAACGGAGAUGUUUUAGGGAAUAUAAAAAAUAAUAAAAAUUAUACUUAUGAGGGAGAAGACUGUUUCAAAGAAGAAUUGAAAGAAUGGAUAAGAGAAAAUGAUGCAUACAUAAAUUCCUUAGAUAGUGAUAAUAACAUAGACGAAUGUUAUCAAGUGGUAGAAUAA